AGAAGUUGUUAAAAAUGUAUAUAAAAUGGAGGCAAAAUUUUUUUGAUUCUUUCAUUAUCUUCAUUCUCAUUCAGCCUCAAUUCUCUGCGCAUCCAUUGUCAUCAAUCUAUUCAUUACCUCUACGUCUUUGUUUCUAAGCUCUGUACUAUUAGACUUUAUAUAACGGGUUAUAUAAGCUAAUCUUACCUCAAGGAAAAAAGAUCCUAUCAUAUCCAGCAUUCUAUAUACCAAGUAUUUUCAUAUUUCAUGCAACAAAAAGGUCCGACCUUCAAUUCAUCGUCAAAUACUAUUACUGAAUCACCACAACAACAUCAAAUGACCUCUACUGUAGCCAGCAACAUUCCUAUGAUCAAUACUAAUAACUACGCUACAUACGGCAUCGCGUUUCCUGACACGGUUCACAAUAUAGUAAGCGAGAGGGACGAAACGGAACAUGUCGACAAACGAUCUGCUCAUAACGCACUUGAACGCCAAAGAAGAGAAGGAUUGAACAACAAAUUACAAGAGCUUGCUCUUGCCUUGCCCGCUUUACAAGAGAUUCGCAGACCAAGUAAAAGCAUGAUUGUUGGGAAAUCUUUAGAAUUCGUAACUGACGCUGAAAAGAGAGAAUUGAGGUUUAAGAGCCAAAUCAAUCAACUUCGUAGAGAACAUCAGCAGCUGAUUAGGCAAGCUAAUCUCUCAAGAAAACGAAUGAAGAAGCGUGCUGAACAACAACAAGAUGAUAAGCUCGCUACUACUAGCAAUGGUAAGCAGCAGUCAUUAACGACCAGCCCUUCAAACCAAACUGUUGUAAAGGUUUCCUCAAAGCUCAAGAAACGCCAAAAGAAGCAGUCAUCAGCCUCUCCUCCUUCCUGUUCCACCAAACGUGAGCCCAGCCCUGGUGGGAGUGAUUUCUCCAAAACAGCAACCAGAAAGAGACCCAGAGACUCUACCCCUCAAGUUCUUAAUAGUUCUUCUGCUAAGCUUUUCGAAGAUUUGACAUUAUCGCAUAAGCAAGAUAUCGCUAUUGGUUCUUCUAUCACUACUGCAGGCGCAAGCAAGAGAAGGAAACGCCAUUCUCCUAUUAUGGCAUCGUCUCCUUCCUCUUCUGUUGGUGGUGAUAAUAUUGCACCUGUUCGUAAUGGAUGUCUCAUCCUGGACAACAGCAAUUGUUACAACAGUGUUACCGCACGUAUUGCUGCUGACAGUACGCAUAGUGGUACAAGUGGAGAUCAACCUUAUUCUUCUUCAGUUCAAAAGCAAAAUCCCCGCCAAAACCAACAGCAGUCAUUACGCCGUCAAUCUGUUGGUAUUAUUAUUUCCCCUAGUACUAGUACAACAACCAUCGACACGACAUCAGCAGCUAUUCCUACCACUACUCCCGUAUCAACCUCUCUUCAUAUUAUGUCACCCUCCACAUCAACGUUUGAUUCUUUUACAGAAGGUUUUAUUAUACCCACUCAAACAAAUACAAUCAUACCCUCGUCUUUCGGUCAUCAAGAACAUAUCUUUUAUAAUUCAUCAUUUGAUAUCAUUAGUUCCGUUCCUGCUUUAGGAAUUCCAACCACUGGCAACCUUCAACAACAACAAUAUCAUCAGCAACAAAGCGCAAGCGCUGGAGUUGCUAUUGAUCCUAUGCAUCAUUCACCUCAUAGCCAACAUCACUAUUCUCAUCCUCAAGACAUUGAUAAUUUAUUUAAUUCCCUUAUACAGCAACCGCAACGAACGACUACCAGUACUAUCAGUACUGCUUCUUCACCUUUAUCUAAUGAGAGCUUGUACAGGUUUGCUUUUUAAGAUUAUGUUUGAAUAGAUCAUAACAUUCACAAAAUUCUCUUAUGUGUCCUUUCUAAUGAUUACAUUUUUAACAAAAAAAAAAAAAAAAAAAAAAAAAAAAAAAA